CUGUGCGCUUCGGGCGUGUGCCUAAGCGCGAGAAGGCCAAGAUCCUGGCCGCCAUGCAGAGCGUCAACGCCAAGUCCCAGGAGAGGGCCGUCUUGGCAGAGCUGGAGGAUGACACCCGCGUCACCGCCGCCAUCAUCCGCGCCCACAUGGACACCUGUGACUUCACCAGGGACAAGGUGGCGCCCAUGCACCAGCAAGCUCGCACACACCCCAGCUACACACAGUGCCCGCCCACUCUGGCGUGCCCACUGAACCCUCGGCCAGUGCCCCUGCAGGGUCAACAGGAGCUCGUGCAAGACUUCAGCGAGCGCUUCUCUCCCGCCAUCCGCGGCGUCGUAGAAUUUGCCAAACGUCUGCCAGGCUUCCAACAGCUGCCACAGGAAGACCAGGUGACACUCCUGAAGGCAGGCGUAUUCGAGGUGCUCCUGGUGCGUCUGGCGGGGAUGUUCGACGCCCGCACCAACACCAUGCUGUGCCUGAACGGUCAGCUGCUGCGCCGAGAGGCACUGCACACUUCAGUCAACGCUCGCUUCCUCAUGGAUUCGAUGUUCGACUUCGCUGAACGCGUCAACAGCCUCUCCCUUAGCGACGCUGAGCUGGCUCUCUUCUGCGCCGUGGUUGUGUUUGUCCCCCGCCCCGCCUGCAAUGCUGAGCUCGUGGAUCGCGUGCAGAGGCGCCUCAUCAACUGCCUGCGGGCCGUUGUGACCAAGCAUCACCCCGAGAACCCCAGCCUACAGCGCGACCUCCUCUCCAAGAUCCCCGACUUGCGGACUCUCAACACGCUGCAUUCAGAGAAGUUGCUCAAAUACAAGAUGACUGAGCACACCGCAGCCGGCGCUCCCUGGGACGACUCCCGCUCCUCGUGGAGCAUGGCAGAGAGCAGCGUGGGCUCCCCCUCAUCUUCCUACACCGCCGACGAGGCCAUGCGCUCCCCAGUGUCGUGCUCCGAAUCCAUCUGCUCCGGCGAGUCCGCCAGCUCCGGCGAGUCGCUGUGCGGAAGCGAAGUGUCCGGCUACACGGAGCUCCGGCCUCCCUUCCCCCUCGUCCGCCGGCGCCACGACCACUCCGAAGGUGCUUCCUCGGGCGACGAGGCGUCCGAAUCUCCUCUGAAGUGCCCCUUCAGCAAAAGAAAAUCGGAAAGCCCCGACGACUCGGGAAUCGAGAGUGGGACCGACAGGAGUGACAAGCUGUCCUCCCCGUCGGUGUGCUCUUCCCCGCGGUCGUCCAUUGACGAGAAGAGCGAGGAGGACCGCGAGGACGACAUGCCAGUGCUGCGCCGCGCCCUGCAGGCGCCCCCCAUCAUCAACACGGAUCUGCUCAUGGAAGCCUACAACAAGCCCCAUAAAAAGUUCCGUCCGCAACGUCGGGAAGAAGAGCCCCACUCCUCCCAGCCCACCUCCUCGCUCCUGGAGCAGACGCUGUCGCAGCCCCCGCACCACCAGACUUCCUCUCUGGCUGCCACGCACGCCACCUUAGCCUCCACUCUGGCGUCAACACUUAGCUCGCCGAGCUUAGCUGCCUCCCACUCCACUCUCGCUCGCACCUUGCUCGAGGGAUCCAAGAUCUCCGAGGACGCCAUGCGCCGCGCCGACAUCCUGCACUCCAUGAUCAUGCGCACCGAGGUCCGGGAGCGGUUACCCACUCCGCGAGUGUCUCCUGCACCUUAUUACGUCCCACAGCCCGCUGUGGACCGUGUACAGCCUCCAGCAUCUUCCUGGUCGUGCCCAGCCUCUCGCGGCUGCAGCAGCAGUAGCAGCAGCAGCAGCACUAGCGGUAGCCUAAGCCCCAUGCAACCCACCGUAACCGCACAGCCACGGCUGCACCUCCUCACAACACCCACGCCCUCGCGCUACUACGAGUCGAGGAUGUCGGCCACACCGGUGGGGCUCGGGGCACAGCCGUCAGGCUCCCCAAGUGCUUCUACCAUGAUACAUUCAGGCUUGGGUGCUCAGCCCGGCCAGAGGGAGCCCUCCCCCCUCGUCGAACUGCAGGUCGACAUCGCUGACUCGCAACCGCUCAACCUUUCCAAAAAGACGCCGCCGCCGACGCCACGGGAGUUCGUCAUGGAAGCGUAAUGCACGGUUGGCCAGCGCUUACCCGAGUACAAAGCCACUAUGUGGCCCCGAUAUUCUCACUCUCAGGCGGACAGAAAGAGGACAGCGCGAGCAGCCGCAGCGACAAGAGGACGAGGAGAGGAGCGGUAGCGUUAAGAUGGAGGAAGAGGACGCAGCAGCUGCCGCAGCGUGCGGGAGGGUCCUGGAGCACGUAGCGACGUGGGUCAGCGCGUGCAGCGCCUCACCGGUGAUGGUAGCAGGGGCGUUGCUGCCUGCUCCCGACCCACCCGCAGCAGCAGUCAUGUACAGGGGGCGGGCGCCAGUCUAAACCCGCCCUAAACUCGGGCCGCCCCAGGUGGACCCAACACUGGCCGCCCGCCCCGCCCAGCUUGUGAGGGCGGGAUUACCACAGGUAGUCCCGCCUGGGCGAGAGCCUAGUGAUGUACCUAGUUCAGUAUUCAUCGCCUCAUGCAGUCUCACCCCCCCGAGGACCACAGUCAUCGCCAUUACUCAUCUCUCAUUACUCAUGGCUAGAUCUCGAUGUCAUAAUUAAUAUUUAGCCCAGUGUCUGGCGAACUGUUUGUUAUGUCAUUAUUAUUACUGUCAUUAUAAUUGUCAUUAUUAUUAUCAUUAUUAUUUUUAUUAUUAUUAUCAUCAUUAUUAUUAUCAUCAUUAUUAUUAUUACUUCAUGAUCAUGAUAGCUCUUAAUGUACUCUUAUGGACAUAAGUUUGUCAUAGCAAAUAGUUCCACCGUGUGCUUGUAUGUACAUUUUUGUAAUAUUUGGGAGUUCAAAUUUUGAGUCUUUAAAUAAAUGUGCAAAGAAAUAAAAAA